UUCUGCUUCUUGAGAAAAAAGCUGAUGAAAAUGGAUCACUUAGGUAUAAGAUUCAGAAUGAUAUAACUAAUAAAUUAAUUAAAUGUUCAAUUAAUAAAAUCCAAUUUAUAUCAUAUAAUUGGUAUAAGAUUCAUGAAUGGCUACAGAGACCAAAACAAGUAUUGUGAAGCUCAAAUCAAAUGAUCCAGAUGAAUCUUUCAAUGGAAAGAAUGAUCCUUUGAUUGUUAAGAAGAAAUUAGCCACCUCAAACAAGGUUCCAACUGAUUCAAAGAUGAAGAAAUCUGUCACAAAAUCUGAGGUUAAAUCUAAAACAACAUCAUCAUCAUCUUCAAAAACAACAUCAAAGACAACUACUACAAAAGUAAGAGAGAAGAAAGUCUAUAGUCUUCCUGGGCAGAAACAUGAUCCCCCAGAAGAGAAAGAACCUCUAAGGAUUUUUUAUGAGUCAUUAUCAAAACAAAUACCAACAAGUGAAAUGGCAGAAUUUUGGUUAAUGGAACAUGGAAUGUUGUCUCCAGAAAAAGCCAAGAAAGCAUUUGAGAAGAAGCAGAAGAAGAAGCAAAAAGAGCUUAGGGCAGGAAAUUCUAUAGCUGAAACUUCCAAUAAACAAGAAUCUAAAAAUGGAGACAUAAAAGCCAAGAAAAUAGUUGUUGAGAAUGAUGGUGAUGAUGUUGAUGAUGACGACGACGAUGUCAUUUUAAGCUCUAAAAGAAGAAAAAGGUAGUAAAAUAGAAAGCCUCGCAUUGGCUAUAACAGUUUUUUAACAACGCAUCAUAGGGAAAAAAGAAAGAUGUUAAAAGACAAAAUAUGACGAUAAACUUCUUAAUUAAGUGCUUAUCAUAAAAAGUUAAUCUAUUUUCGUAUAUCCUAUAAACUAUUUUUAUAAACUAAUCCCUCUGUCCUGUAUAUAAGCACCAUUUUAUUAGAGAUAAAUGGUGCUUAUAUAUAGGGACGGAGGGAGUAUUUUGGAGAGCUUAUGAAAUUGUCUGAAACAGUUAAUAUACAUGUCAUAAACUAUUUCCGUAAGCUCUUUGAAAUAAUGAAAACAACUUAUGAACAUGUUUAUAACGUUAAAUAAGUCAAUAUCAACAUGCCUUGUCAAAUAGCUUAACUGUUAUUAGAUCAAGACACUGUUUAUGUUUCUAACUUUUACUUAGGUAACAAGGAAAAUAGUUUAUGUUAUGUUACUUGGGCAAUCUAGCAAUGAAAUUGAUAUCUUGGACUGUCUUUAUACUUUGUUCUGUUUUGUGUUUUUGAUAUUAUGGCUAAGCUUGCUUUGAAUAGUCAU